AUGCCAUUAAUGACAGAUGAUCUGGAUGUAAAAUAUGGAGUAGUGAAUCAGGAUGAUGUGGCUGACAAGAAGAAACGAAAAAAAUCGAAGGGAAGGACGCUGGAAAUCGAUUUCCCACUUCAUUCGGAUAGGCCAAUUCAAUCAUAUGAAUCUAGCAUUUGUUAUGAUGCAAACAAUCAGAAAGUUUUACCCGCUUAUUCCGCUGACAUUGCUGCAGUGGAAAAUAACUGUUCGGAUGAUAUAAUUAGUCAACUUUUGCCUACUGUCCGAGAUGCUAUGCAGGAAUUUUUGUAUGAUAUUGGCAAUCGUGCUUGUGAAAUAGAAGAAGUCAUUGAAGAACAAUAUCAUCUUUCUAAUUCUGAUACGACAUUGUCACCAAGUAUCUCAUCUUUAUCUAAUACUAAUAAUAAUGAUCAGAUAUUUAUAUUAAUGAAGGAUACUUUGAACAGUACUUCAUGCGCUUCUGUUGCUCAAACUAAACCUCUCUCUGCGAUUACAAAUGACUUCACAAAAUUACCGCAACGAUAUUCAAAUGGAACAGAAACAGUGGGAUCAGAACUUGAUGGUAUAAUUAAUUCUCACCAAAAAGUUAUUGGAGGUGCGAUGGUCCAUAAACGUUUAUCUGCGGAUGAACUGCUUAUUCAACAGAAUGGUGAUAUUUUUUAUGAUCAGAACACUGAGCUGAUGGAUCGAAGGAUGCUCUUACAAGAUGCAAAAUUUCAUUUGGAAAGAAGAUUUAUAGAACAAAGAUUGAAAGAUAUGGAAAAAAGAUAUGAAGAAAGAUUAUCUAAUGUCUCUUUAAUGUUAAGAAAAGCUUAUAAAGAAAUAUUAGAUUUGCGCUUGGGGAAAGCAAAAGCAUUAGCAAAUAAAAGAAUGGGACAGGCUGAACUUGCUUUAAAGCACGCUAAUGUAAUACAUAACAGGAUUGGAGAUGAAACAGUUAAAUCAGAUAUAAAGCAAAUGGUAAGGCAGUGGGAACAGAUACUCAGGGAUUACAAAGCUUGGCAUGCUAAUUUGGAUAGAAUAGUAGAUGGUCAGAAGGCCCAGGUGGAUUCAAACUAUCGUUUUGAUGAGUUGGCCCUUCUUUCGGUUGGUCUUACAUCAUUUUUGAUUCUGUAUCAUUUAACUCGUAUCAGAUUUAUGAAGCUCCUCCGAACAACUUUAACUUUAACUUUCAACGCUAAUGUGAAAAAUAUAUUCCAGCCACCGGAUAAUAUUCCAUGUGCUCCGCAGUUACCUCCUAAUGCUUUGAAGUAUUUUCAACAACUUGAAUUAGAAUGCUGUUCGGGUGAUCUGUCGUCGGAACUUCUUCGAGUAAUUGGUCCGCCGGUUGGCUUUGAAAAGGAAGACGUAGCUGGUAAUCGAUUUGGUGCAAUUGGACAACCCGCUCCUUUACCACAGAGGAAGAUAUUCACGGAAGCACAAAUAAAUAAAUUAGUUGAGAUGACGCUGGAGCAUUUCCAGGAUACUUAUGGGAGCACUUCAAAUUUGAGAGCAGAACAAAUUAAAAAUAUACUAAACGAGCUCGAACGACGCCCUUUAUUGCUUGCAUCGGAUGUAACUUUUUCUUCUGUUCUUUCUCAUGUAAUAAAACGACUUAUGGAAGUAAAUGGUGCUAGCGGUGGAAAAAAUAGCAGUCAACCAGGCACACCGUGUUGGACAUCAUUAUCAUCCGAGCAGUCUGUAACCUUUUCACCUCCUUUCACUGAAGUCGAGAUAGGGAAAUAA